AUGAACGAAAUCGACUUAAUAAAAGAAGUCGAAAAACGUCCGAUUCUAUACGACAAAUCGGUCAGUGGUUUUAAUAAAACAAAAUUACGCGACGACGCUUGGAAAGAAGUACAAGAAGCCCUUAAUGUGUCUGAGACGGAGUGCAAGAAACGCUGGCGUUCACUGCGCGAUUCUUUCAUCAAGCUGCAACGUACGCACGGUGGUCGCACACGGUGGCCGUAUCUUCAUGCCAUGCGGUUCUUGCUCCCACAUGUUGAACCCAAGAACGAUGUGCCAGUAAAACGUGAAACAUCCGAUUCGGAGCCCGAGGAAGAAAUCCGUCACCGUCCCGGACAUUCCCUCCCAGAUCUAUCCUUUACCGAAUCUCGUGAUAUGGAAGACGAUGAUGAUUCCCAACCAGCGAAGAAGAUGCGUCUCAACUCUACGGAAGAAGACCCUUGCCAAUGCAAUAGAACGGAUCCUGAUGAAUUGUUCCUUUUGAGUUGCGCUCCAACAUUAAAAAGAUUAAACUCGAAACAAAACGCAGUCGCUAGACUGAAAAUUCAGCAAGUUCUUUAUGAGGCUGAGUUCGGGAGUCAGGUGGAACUUCCUUAUGUAACUCCGGCUAGUGAUUGUGGAUACGAAAACGUGGAAGGUUCUGUCGAAUGAAAUUCCCAAUUGCAACAGUUGUUAUUACAAAAUUUACAACAAAAUAUUGCCGUGCCCUUUGGUGAUAAUUUUAAUCAAAUAAUUAGGUUGUUAUAAUAGGCUAAGAAACUUUAUGUUUUCCGUAAUAACUCAUAGGUUUAGUAGAAACAAAACGUUUUAUUUUGUUAUUCUUCCUUUGCCACUUCCAACAAAUGAACUUAGUUUAUGUUUUGUAGUAGAAUUUUAAUAACUAACGUCCGUUUAACUCACUUUUUUUAAAUGGUUCAUUUUUAAGAUUUCAAAGGAAUAAUUAAAUAAGUUUGCAAUCGUAUUU